CACAAGAGUGCUCACACACAACUGUUACUCAAGCUCACUCCGCUCCGUCUUCUUGACCACCAUCCGACCCGCGCUCCUCGGACCCUCUUGACUCCCAUACAGCGGGAGUCGAGCUGCUUUUUCUGGAUGAAUUCUCACUCUCUUCACGGUGAUUCUGCUGUCAGUGAAUGGCACGAGGCAAACUAAAGACGUUUGGUGACAUGUAGAUGUCGAUCAACCUGGGAUUAUUGAGGGAUGUUUUAGCUUCUACCAGUGGAAAGAUUGAACAGUUGUAUCGUCCGAGAUGGAUUUUGUGUGCUCGCUGCUUGGAUGGUUAUUGACACUGUGCCAUGUGGUGCUGCAAAUCACGGGAGAAGACGCAUCGGCGUGUCGAGGUAUCUUGGACGCCAGUGAGGCCGGAUAUAUCACCUCCCCCGGAUACCCUCUGGAAUACCCACCUCACCAGAACUGCCAGUGGGUGAUCACGGCGCCCGAGCCCUCUCAGCGAAUCGUCCUCAACUUCAACCCACAUUUUGAAAUCGAGAGGCUGGAUUGCAAAUACGACUUCAUCGAGAUCCGAGACGGGACUUCGGAAAAUUCCGACGUCUUGGGUCGCCACUGCAGCAACAUCGCCCCGGCGCCGAUUAUCUCUUCGGGUCCUUCCCUACAGAUUCGAUUCGUGUCGGAUUACGCUCACCAAGGGGCUGGCUUCUCACUGCGAUACGAGAUUUUUAAAACAGGCUCGGAAUUCUGCUUCCGCAAUUUCACCAGCAGCUCCGGGAUGAUCGAAUCGCCGGGCUUCCCGGAUAAAUACCCCCACAAUCUGGAGUGCUCGUAUAUGAUCAUCGCUCCGCCCCACGUGGACGUCACCUUAACGUUCCUCACCUUUGACCUGGAAAACGACCCCCUGCUGGUGGGAGAGGGCGACUGCAAAUAUGACUGGUUGGACGUGUGGGACGGCUUGCCACAAGUGUCGCCACUGAUCGGACGUUACUGCGGGACAAAGAUCCCUCCGGAAAUUCAGUCGUCCUCUGGCCUGCUGUCCCUUUCCUUUCACACGGACAUGGCGGUGGCUAAAGACGGCUUCUCGGCCCGAUACAACAUGACACGCAAGGAAGUCAGCGACUCAUUUCACUGUAGCAUGGCGCUGGGCAUGGAGUCCGGGAAGAUCAGCGACGACCAGAUCAGCGCUUCCACCAGUUUCUACGACAAUCGCUGGUUGCCGCGCCAGGCUCGCCUCAACAACAACGAUAAUGCCUGGACGCCGUCCGAGGACAGCAGCAAAGAGUACAUUCAGGUUGACCUCCAAUUCCUGAAAGUGUUGACGGGCAUCGCCACCCAAGGGGCCGUUUCCAAAGAGACGCAAAAGUCCUACUUUGUGACCACCUUCAAGCUGGAGGUCAGCACCAACGGCGAGGACUGGAUGAUAUAUCGACACGGCAAGAAUCACAAGGUUUUCCACGCCAAUACGGAUCCGGCCGAGGUGGUGCUCAACCGUGUGCCGCAGCCCGUUUUAGCCCGCUUCGUGAGGAUACGACCGCAAACGUGGCGGAACGGCAUCGCCCUGCGCUUUGAGCUCUACGGAUGCCGGAUUACAGAUGCCCCGUGCUCCAGCCUGCAGGGGGUGCUGUCCGGUCUGCUGCCCGACAACCAGAUCACGGCCUCCUCUAGCAGAGACGUGGUGUGGAACCCCAGCUCGGCCCGUUUAGUGGCCAGUCGUUCCGGCUGGUUCCCUGCACCCUCACAGCCGCUUGCUGGGGAGGAGUGGCUACAGGUGGACCUGGGUGUGCCCAAAACAGUGCGCGGAGUCAUCACCCAGGGAGCCAGAGGCGGAGAUGCUGCUAGCGGAGGAACAGCUGAGAACCGAGCUUUUGUUCGCAAGUACAAAGUCGCGUAUAGCCUCAAUGGAAAAGAAUGGAAUUUCAUCAUUGACAGAAAGACCAGCCAACCCAAGAUUUUCGAGGGAAACACGCACUACGACGCCCCGGAAUUGCGUCAUUUUGAGGAGACGGUGGCGCAGUAUGUCCGACUUUACCCUGAACGAUGGUCUCCGGUUGGGAUCGGGAUGAGAGUGGAGGUGCUGGGAUGCGAGCUUCCAGAAAUCAGCACGCCUGCAGACACCACCACACCUACGCCUCCAGCUCAGACCACCACGGCCGCCGCCUCCACCACAGCGGCCGCUCCUUCACCGACGGACGGCGCGUGUGACUUUGAGCACGGCCUCUGCGGCUGGACGCACGACCCCGGCGCCCCCCUUCUCUGGUCUCUGCACAGCCACGAGCUCAACAGCCAUCUAUACAUGGAAGCCAGCGCUAAGACAGCGCAACAAAGAGCCCGACUCCUCAGUCCGGUGGUGGCUGCCGACAGCGGCCCCGUCUGCCUGCUUUUUUCUUACCAAAUGUGGGGAGAAGCCGAGGGGCACCUCAGGGUCUUGCUGCUGGACGCCCACAAUGAGGAGACCCUACUUUGGACCCUGAAAGCUGACCAGGGUCCUGUCUGGAAGGAGGGCCGCACAAUCCUGCCUCGUUCGCCUAAAGACUACCAGGUUGUGAUGGAAGGCUUCUUUGCUCACGGCACUCGAGGACAUGUCUGGAUCGACAACAUCCACAUGAGCGCCAGCACGCCGCUAGAAGAGUGUACACAACCCAUCAACGCCUUCUCUCCAGAUAUGACGGCAGUCAAGACGCCUAAUCAGUUCGGAGACGUGCGACUCGUCAGCGGCAGAGAACCACUGGGUGGAGGUUUCCAGGUGCCAGAGUGGAACACCGCAUGGCCGACGUCAGAACCCGCCGCGACUCCGGCUUCGGAGAAGGACCACUCGUGGCUGUACACGUUGGACCCCAUUCUGGUUACCAUCAUCGUCAUGAGUUCCCUGGGCGUCCUGCUGGGGGCGGUGUGCGCGGGCCUGCUCCUCUACUGCACCUGUUCCUACAGCGGCCUGUCCUCACGUUCUUCCACCACGCUGGAGAAUUACAACUUUGAACUCUACGACGGGCUCAAGCACAAAGUCAAACUCAACCAGCAGCGCUGCUGUACCGAAGCGUGAGAGGUUAUUUACUCCUAGCUUCACUUUUGUGUCAACUGACUUCCAAAAGGAGACCAAUCUCUGGAGAAAAUGGCACAGUGUUUUUCGGCAAAAGCAACAAUGUGAAAAAGACCGAGGUCAACACGCCAGAUCGACAUAUCAACUUUUAGACCCUACGCUCCAUCGAGAGAACUGUUUUGAAGCGACGGUCAUAGAUUUGUAAGAAGUUCUAGUUUUCAACGUGCACAUACUGAGUCCAAAUAUCGUGUUGGAAAGGUGGUAGGUUAGCAAGCGUCGUUUUCGGGACCGGAGCUAAGCUCCUCUGUCUGACUUUUUGUUCCAUUGUCAGCUGGGCGCGCCUUUGCCGUGGUAUUUUUAGUCGCUGACGUUCCUCGACUUUGUAUUUCUGCACUCGCGCUCUUUCUGUUUAAUGUUUCUGUUCUGGCUCGUGGCCAAUUAGUCAUGUGUAGGGGAGGAAGAGUUUUUCAAGCUCCAGCGUGAAGGUUGCUGCGGGGGUAAUGGGUUUUUUUUUUAAUGACAGGAAGAGUUAUAUCCAUUGCAGACUGUUCUUUGGAGAGAAGGUCAUGUUUUCUUUGUACUUAAUAGCGAAAGGUCAAGGAGUUUUGGCGGGUGCAACCUAUGGAUUGCAGGGACCGAAGGAACACGGAGCAAGAACUUGAUUAUAUGUCCCGAGGAAGCAAACCAGAAAGUUCUUGUCUUGUUUUGGACACACAACAAGCCUUAAACUGGAAAUGUUGAGCAGGAGAACCGCAGACAAGCCAUGAUUUGAAGGACCUAUCCCAACGCCAUCUUUAACAAUCACUGCGCGAAACUUGUUUACAUGCAGUUAAUAUUCAAGUUAAGGUCGAUGUUGUGAUUUUUUUUUUUUUUGUCACCCAAACAAGGCCCGAGUUAACUCAUUGACUGUCAUUGACAGGGCUAGACGUCCAAUCCAUUUGUAGUGGGAGGGUGGCAGCGAAUGAACAUUUGUUCAUUCGCUGCCACCCUCCCACAAUAAAUGGUUUGGACGUCUAGUAGAAUUUCGUAUCUUUACUGUGAAUUACACUGACUUGUGUUAAAACUAACAUUUAGUAUUAAGAAUUUUCUGCAGUUUAUGGGAGACAACUCGCACCCCAAAAAACAGGGAAGUGUAUAUAUAAGGACCUAAUGAAGGCAUGAAGAAACACACCUAGCAUGAAGUCCACAUUUGACCACAUUUCAUAGCUAACGGACAUGCGCACACAAAACUAGCCCUCUCUUUUGAGGAACACAUCUCUGGACUAACUAGCUACAGUAUCUCUUUUGAAUUCCACGUCGCUGGACAACAGUAACUGAACAUCUCUUCUGAAGCACGCAUCUGCAGACUCCACUAACUAGCCCUCUUUUCUGAGGUCCCAAUCUUUAGAGUCCAGAAACUAACCAACAUCUCUGGCCUCGACAGACGGACACGCGCACACAAAAUUACCCUUCUCUUCUGAGGUACAUGUCUCUGAACAACGCUAACUAGCCUUCUCUUCUGAAGCCCACAACUGUGGACUCCCCUGAUUGGGCCUCCCUUCUGAAGUCCACGUCUUUGGACAAUGCUAACUAGCACUCUUAUUUGAGGCACACGUCUCUGGACUCCACUGACUAGAUCUCUCCUAUGAAGUCCACGUCUCUGGACUCCACUGACUAGCCCUCUCUCCUGAAGCCCACAUCUCUAGACUCCACUGACUAGCUCUCUCCUAUGAAGUCCACGUCUCUGGACUUCACUGACUAACCCUUUUAUUUAAGGCACACAUCUCUUGGCUCCACUGACUAGCUCUUAUAUGAAGUCCACAUCUCGGUACAAUGCUAACUAUCCUUCUCUUCUGAAGCCCACAUCUCUGGAAUCAACUGACUAGCCCUCUUUUCUGAAGUCCAUGUCUCUGGACUCCACUGACUAGAUCUCUCCUAUGAAGGCCACAUCUCUGGACUCCACUGACUAGCCUUCUCUCCUUUGCCCUGGGGGUGGCGUGUCUCAGUGGUAGAGUAGUUGUCCCCCAAUCCAGAGGUUGCGAGCUCGAUUCUCUGCCCUGAUAAACUCGUCUAAGUAUCCUCAAACAAGAUACUGAACCCCACGUUGCUCCUGGUGCUGUGUCACCAGCAGGUUAAAAGAGAUGUAGUGUAAAGAGGGCCUUGAAGGUGGAAAAGCGCUAUACAAGUAUAACUCCCUUUACCAUCUCUUUUGAAAUCCACGUCUAUGGACAAUGCUGACUAGCCCUCUCUUUUGAAGCUCACAUCUCUGGACUCCACUGGUUAGCCCUUUCUUCUCAGGUUUACAUCCGUGGACUCCACUGACUAGCCCUCUCUUCUGAGGUCCACUUCCUAGGUUCCACUAACUAGCCCUCUCUUCUGAAGUCCAUGUCUAUGGACAACCCUGACGAGCUCUCUCUUCUGAAGCACACAUCUCUACACUGCACUGAUUAGCCCUUUCCUCUGAUGUCCACAUCUAUAGACUCCACUGACUAAUCCUCUCUUCUGAAGCCCACAUCUUUGGACCCCAAUGAUUAGCCCCCUAUGCUGAGGUUUGCAUCUGUGGACCCCACUGACUAGCCAUCCCUUGUGAGGAACAAAUGUCUGGACUCCACUGACUAGUCCUGUCUUCGGAUACCACAAAUCUUUGGACUUUACUUAUUAACUCUCUCUUAAAUUUUGAUCCCUAAACUCAACUGAGUAACCCUCUCUUCUGAGGCCCACAUCUCUAGACUCCACAAACUAACCUACAUCUCUAGACUCCGCUAACUAGCCUCUUUUCUGAAGUCCAUGUCUCUGGACUCCACUGACUAGCACUCUCUCUCAUAGGUUUAGAUCCUUGGACUCCACUGACUAGCCCUCCCUUGUGAGGAACAAAUGUCUGAACUCCACUGACUAGCUCUCUUUUAGAUUUACAUCCCUGUACUCAGCUGAUUAGCCCUCUCAUCUGAGGUCUACGUCUCUGGACUCCGCUGACUAGCCCUCUCAUAUCUGAAGUCUACGUCUCUGGACUCUACUGACCAGCCCUUUUCUUCUGUGAUCCAUAUCUCUUGACUCCACAAACUAACCAACAUCUCUAGACUCCACUGAUUUGCCCUCUGUGCUAAGGUUCACAUCCGUGGACUCCACUGACUGGCCCUCCUUUGUGAGGACCAAAUGUCUGGACUCACCUGACUAGCUCUCAAAUUUACAUCUCUGUACUCCACUGAUUAGCCCUCUCCUCUGAGGUCCACGUCCACGGAUUCUGCUGACCAGCCCUCUCAUAUUUGGAGUCUACGUCUCUGGACUCGCUGAGGCCCACAUGUCUAGACUCCACAAACUAACCCGCAUCUCUAGACUCUACUAACUAGCCCUCUUUUCUGAGGACCGCAUCUCUGGACUCCGCUGACUCUCUUCAAAGUGCCUUGGAGCCUCGGGGAUCCAGCUUGCCUUUGGAUCAGGCUCCAGACAGUCACAUGACACUGAGAGUGAUCAUAAUAGCGCCCCCUUUGACCUAGGAGGACCAAACACAUUUGAGAAGUAGACUUCCUCUUGCACUGCUUGGACUGCUGCUGCUGUUGUUGUUGUGGUUGUCGUUUUAAAGGGGUCUUUGUACAGAAAUGCUCUUUUUAAUGAUUGUUUUGGUUGUUAUGAUUAUUUAAUAAAGGAUUUAUAACAAAACAAGAAACAGCCCAGCAUUUUUUUCCUCACUAGCUAACUUCUUUGCAGACUUUCUAAAGUAAAUUUUCACUUUUAAUUGCCAAAAAAACAGUAAUUGCACACAAACUUAUGCCAUCACAAGCAGAGAUAUUGUGUUGACUGCUUGCCAUACUGGGCCUCUAAUCUCCACAUGAACUCCCAUUAGUCUGGACCUCUGGUGGCCCUCAUUUGGAGCUCCUACAUCAAAGCUUUGAAGAGCGUGGCAUCUCGACUUCAACCGCCGCACCACCCCCAACCGCACACAUGAAAAUAUACGCUACCUAGCAAUUACUCUGCUUCUCUUUUCUACAGCGUGCAAAGUCUCCCACACACGAUUCCAUUUAUCCGUGCAGCCUCUCCUCACCUAAAAGCAAAGCUUGUUAGCAAACACAGCACAGACCGCCAGAGCUUCAGCGCCGUUUCUUCGCCGACGCCUGUAACGGAGCCCGAGAUUAGACGACGAGUCUCACGGGAGGAGAUGUGGAGUCGUGACGAACCGUUAAUGAGAGUGCUCAAAUUAGCGCUGCGUUUUUUUAGCUACAUUGCACUCUUGAAAUGUUGUUUUUUUGACUGUCAAACAGGCAGACGUCAUAGCCUAUUAACUUUGACAACAUGUAAUGACUCAGAGUUACCGUGAAAUAGCGCAGGUUUGCCUGUCAGAGUUGCGCUAACGCGGUCGGCGCGUGAGUGGCACUUAGCGGGCUCCGGUCCGUGACGCGGUAGAGCGGGCCAAUUACCGCCUGUGAAUAAAAAACACACAGUCACCGGUUCGCUGAAGGAGUGAAAUGCCAUCUGCGCAGGAGGGUGAAUGAUCCCAGCAGGGCAGACCACAUCAAACGAUAAAAUGCCGACAAAAAUACUACCCGAAGGCCCAGAUUGUCAUUGAUCCAUACCGCCUCUCGUUUUUUUUUUUUCAAGCUAAUUGUGGGGAUGCUGUGCAGAAAAAAACUACCUACGUAUAAACUUUUAUAAACAUUUCCAGUAGCAAAAAAAAAAGAGCUUCAAUUUUUGUCAAAUUCACAUAAUUAAUAAAAUUCCUCAGUCAAUUUUUGGGAAAAGCGUACAAUUCCACCAAAAUUGAAUUAAAACUUCCCCGUACAUUUUCAAUGGCCUCAUUCAUUUCCAAUAGCACAUUCGACUCCGCCAAAAUACGUUUUCAUUCAUUUCUAUCGAUUUUCAACUCGGUCCUACAAAAAUAUUCAUUAGUAGUCAUUAUUGUCAUGUAAUAUAUAUGGCGGAAAACACAGACAAGACUGAAAAAGCAGUUUCUGCCCUUGCUCCCAUCUUUAAAAGAAACUGCUGUAUUUUAAGCCAAAAGAACUGUUGUGUUUGAUGGAACAA